AGAAAACUGGAAGAAGACUACAUCGACUUUGCCACCAAGAUCGAGCGGGAGUCUUCCCUGUCGGACAUGACGGAGCCUGGCACGGCCGUGUGUCCAGUCUGUAAUAAAAGCCAACUCAUCUUGAACCGUGACGGGACUGGGUCAAGCAUGACCGUCUGUGUGGACUGUGAGAAGAGGACGUGUGCCGACUGUGGGGAAUAUCAAACGUCACUACAGACUAAGGUG